AUGACACAGACGACCUACUGUACGAGGACGACAAGCGCCACAGCGACCUCAGCACGACAACGGCGACGACAUUCUUCAUACAACCCGCGAUCAUGGAGCUCGGAAAGAGAGAAUGCACAGAUCGCCAUGGAUGGUUUUCUGAGCGAUCUGGGGAGAAGGUUGGAAAUGCUGGAGACAUAUGGACAUCUCAAAUUGGACGAGGGUGUGAAGAGUGUACAUGAGACGUUACGGCAUGUCCACGACCGGUGUCUGCAUGUCUCGGACGACAUCCUUGACGCAGGACGGAGGCGGUCGAAGGUCUUGGUGGACACACUGGAAUCGCAUUAUCGGGAUGCUCUGACGAAGAAGGAUACCCUCGAGCAAAAGGUACAGGAGGGUGUCAAGAUGUUGGAGUAUUCUCUGGCCGCUCUCGAACAGCGAGCAUACCACAUGCGUAAAGCGGGCCUCACGGCGACAGCCCACGGGAUGAUCGACAGCAGUAUCGCAUACAUGGAGACUGGAGCGUUCAAAGCCAGCGAAAUCGUCUCCGAAGGUGCCGAAGCCGCUCGCCGAGCCAAAGAAGCCCUCAAAGCAAAAGUCGAUGCCGCUAUCGUCCAUGCCCGCCAGCAUGGCCUCAUAUCCUAUGAGAUGCUCCCAGAACCAUGGCGAGUGAACCCGCACAUCAAGAAUGGAUAUCGUUUCUCUGAGACCAAACUCGACUGCAUCCGGUCAUGCUUCACAAUCUCCAAUGAGACUUUCAACAUCUGGUCCCACGCCCUGGGUCUGGUCAUUGUGCUCGCUCUUGCUUUUUACGUCUACCCCAAGACGCCCGCUUUCACCUCCGCCACGCGCUUCGACAUCUUCAUCGCGGGCUGCUUCUUCUUCGCUGCGUGCAAGUGCCUUGUCUGCAGUACGAUGUGGCAUGCCAUGUCCUCCAUCUCGAACCAGACGCUGAUGGAACGCUUCGCUUGCGUCGAUUAUACCGGUAUAUCGCUCUUGGUCGCCGCUAGCAUCGCCACGACUGAGUACACUGCCUUCUACUGCGAGCCGACGUCGAGGUGGAUUUACUUGUCAACGACGCUGGUGUUGGGCAUCGCGGGUGUCAUCCUUCCUUGGAAUCCGACAUUCAACCGUGCAGACAUGUCGUGGGCGAGAGUGGGUUUUUACGUCACCCUGGCCGCAACAGGAUUCGUGCCGGUCGCUCAACUCACGUACCAACGAGGGCUGGCCGCGACGCUGUACUUUUACGCACCGAUCGUCAAGUCCAUUGCGGUGUAUCUUGGUGGUGCGAUUCUUUACGCUGCAAAGGUGCCGGAGCGUUUCCUUCCUGGAUGGUUCGACUAUGCGGGUGGCAGUCAUAAUAUCUGGCAUAUGGCUGUGCUCGGUGGCAUCAUCUUCCACUAUUACGCGAUGCAGAGUUUCUUCGGCGAGGCUUUCCGAAGGGCCGAGUAUGGGUGCUCAUUGUAUUGA